AGAGCAUCUGGCAAUCUGUAUUACCAGUGAAUUUUUUAAACCUUUUCUCAGACAGACAGACAAAGUGUUGGUCUUCCAACUUUCUACCAAAGGUGUCACUGCAGGACCAUUAUCUCAUGGAAGCAUAUCCUUGUCCUUGAGCACUUUCUCGGGAAACAAACAGAUAGUCUGAAAACUGCAAAUGGCUUCAAGUGGGAUUGAGAUGGGGCUAGUCCUAGUCCUUGUUACAAUGCUUUGGACAGGAGCCGCGGCUCAAUCAGGUUGCAGUAGUGUGCUCAUUGGAAUGGCUCCGUGUCUGAAUUAUGUUACUGGGAGUUCCUCAAGCCCAUCUUCAUCUUGUUGCUCAUCACUUGCUAGUGUUGUUCAAUCACAGCCACAAUGCCUUUGCACUGCGCUCAAUGGUGGUGGUUCAGCAUUGGGCAUCAACAUUAAUCAGACGCUUGCUCUUGCAUUACCUGGAGCAUGCAAUGUGCAAACUCCGCCUGUUAGCCAGUGUGAUGCUGCUAGUGGACCGACAACAAAUCUUGAGGGUUCUCCUGAAAUUUCACCAGUGGUAUCUUCAGAUGAAACUCUGAAUUCUCCAACUCCCUCAUCAGUGUCAGCAGGAUCUAAAGCAGUUCCAUCAAAAGGCUUAACUUCUGAUUGCAAUACUCCAAAGAUGUCUUCUCAGAUUGUUGCCCUCUUUCUGCUCACAGCUUCGUAUGCUUCAACUUUCAGCAGCUUCUGAGUUUUCUUAGGAGCUUCGAGGUUGUAGAACUAAAUAUGGUGAUAUAUGGAUAAUGCUGUUUAUUAUAAUUUGAAACUUCUAUAUGUGGUUUUCUUUAUGAAUGUUGUAUUUUCUGUCGUUUGAAGUUAUGUAUGGGUUGUUUGCUACAUGAAUGGAAAACUACAUGGUUUUCUGUUCCCUUACCUCUUAAACUUGGUUGCUUCUAUUGAUAAUGAGCAAUAUAAAUGAACUAAAUAGUGUUUCUGUUCC